UGAAUGUGUGUUCAUAGAUACCGAGGCGCGCGCGCGGUAGUAGUAUUAAUAGGCUAUAAAUAAAUUCACAAACUCGUGUUGUUGUUGUUGGUUCGGACGCGUCGGAUCAUGAAGAAUAUGACUUUCCGACGUGUUAAGGACAGCGGGACGGGCAGCGGGGAUAUUUACUUUUCAUCCUCCAAAUCGGAUAGUUGUAGAAGCGUGGAUUUACCCUCGGUCUCCUCGGACGUUUAUAAAGCCCUGGCAUACUCCGGAGGCACGCUGCCGAGAAACUUUAAGAAGAAUGCAGGACUGCAGAAGUGGAAGCCCCUCACGCUACCUCCAGAGCCAGAAAGGAAAACGGUCCUCCUGGAGAAGAAAGAGGAUGAAUCGUUCGGCUUUGAGCUUCAGACGUACGGGCUGCAUCACCAGGACGAGAACUCCGUGGAGAUGUGCACGUUUGUUUGCAAAGUCCAAGAGGACAGUCCAGCUAAGCUCGCCGGUCUUAAAGUGGGCGACACCAUCGCCAGCGUCAACGAAACCUCCGUGGAAGGACACCGCCACAAAGACAUCGUCCACCUCAUCAGAGCAUCCGGCAACAGCGUGCGGUUGGAGACGGUGUACAGCGACUCUAUAAGGAAAGCAGAACUCGAAGCCCGUCUGCAGUAUUUGAAGCAAACCCUGCAUGAGAAGUGGGAUGAGUACAGAUCUCUAAUGGUGCAGGAGCAGAGACUCGUACAUGGUAUCGUGAUGAGCGACGUGGCCGUGUACGAGUCUCUAGAGUCGGCCGGUUUGUACGGCAGCCUGGGCGCUCCGAGCCCCCUGACCACCCGCUCCCUCCACUGCACAGGCAGCACCAACAGCAGCGCGAGCCACCUGAGCGAGGACGACCCGCUCUACCAGACCUGCAUCUACCAGCCCGGCAACAGCAAAGCAGACGGCGAGGACGCCAGCGACGGCUCCGUCAGCCUGGACGACAAACCUCAGCGGACACGUAACCGGCUUCUCCGACCCACCAGCGAGUUCUUCGCCUCGGCCAAGACGUCGCUGACCCGCAGCGCCAGCACACGCAGCUACCUGAAAGGCCCUUCGUCAUCGGAAUCGUCCUCCUCCUCGGCGCCCGCCGGAGAAAAGCAACAGUGUGGUGCGUUCAGCUCGCUGCAGAGGAAACCUAAACGCACAAGCAUCAGACGCAGGCUGCUCAAAUAUAUCCCGGGUCUGAACCGAGCUCUGGAGGAGGAGGAGAGCAAACUGUGAUCCACUCAGGAGGAAAAAAAAGACACACAGCCAAAGACUGCAAUCCAGACACCAGGAACGUGCCUUUGAUUAAAACCCGACACCGACUCAUUAGAAAUCGAGUCACUGCUUAACGAAUAGCCAUAACUUUACUGAGACUCCGCCCCCAAACCCCACCCCAUUGUAAA